UUAAAAUUCCCAAAAGGGAUAUAUUAUUAUAAUUUCCUUGUUUCCCCCCCCCGCUAUUGCUUGCGCAUUGCUUUCGCGAUUGUGCUCCAGGAUCGAGACUAAACACACCCUUGUCUUCAAAAUGCCUGUUCUUCCCUCUUUACAAGGGUCUACCUUCGAUGAGGACAUUCGCGAUCGUCACUUGAUAUAUGACUAUGCAGCGCAGGAUACGGAAGGAAAUCCAGAGAAAUGGCGUUAUGAAAUGUGGUUCUACAACGAGGACCGCAUAAAUUACGCCAUUCAUGGGGGCCCCAUGGCGGGGCGUGCGGCGUUUCAAUCAGCCACAUACCAAUGCAUCCGGCCCGGAGAGUUAUGGCAGUGUAACUGGCUCGAGGAAACUGGCACCAUCUGUUCAUUGGUUUUCGAUAUUUCACGGAAGCAUAUCACGACCUUGAUAGCCUUUUCCAAGGGACAUUGGGAGGAAAACACGACGGCUCGUGGCGAUAAGCGCAUCCCAGAGGAUCUAGCACGAAUGAGAAGUUUGGCUCAAAUCGGUAGCCAAGUCGAUCGGAUACUUUUGAGUGAACAGGCCGAGAUCUUGGAGGAUUUCUGUGGUCCGGGUAAUCUGAAACCAAUACAGAUGAAUUGGCCGACGCUGUGAUAAAAGGCAUGGUAGCAUCGAGGGCUUCCUUCAAGGAAUCAAGACCCGGUCCUGUCGGCCGUGGGCUCACGGGGGAAAUCCGAUCAGUCUGCGUGGCACGACGAUAGCCCGAAAGCGGAGAGCAUUUCACUUUGCCCUAUUCAAUGUAUAACCAAACAAGUAUACUAGGUUCCAAGAACAGAUUUCUUGAAAGGAUGCCGCGUGUAAAGUGGUCGGUCCUAGGUGCAACUAAAUACAACUCCAAUGCGAACAUAUCAAGUUUCCGAGAAUUGAUGGGUAUCCCGGCAACGCAUAGUGAAACUGGGUCAUUUCAAAAAUCCAAAAUACCCAGAAGUAGAGCUGAAUCAUGGUCGCGUCCUCCCAUGCCAACACUCGUGGUCCAUGCAAUCGGUUUGUCCAAGGUUAUGGUCCCUAGAACACGGCAACACGGCCAUCGUAUCGCAUCGAACUUCGAUGCGAUGACACACACACACGGUCCGGGAAGUUGAGAGCCUGCUGCGGA